AUGAAAAUCGCAACUCUCCAGUUCUCCCCCCGGCUGGGGGAGGUCGCCGCCAAUUUCAGCCGUGCGGAAAGCCUGCUGAUGAGAGAGGAGAGGGAGGGUCUUUUGAAGGACAUUGAUUUACUGGUUCUUCCCGAACUUGCGUUCACCGGGUACAAUCACCCAUCUUUGGAUGCCAUAGCACCGUUUCUCGAGCCAACGGCGGCAGGACCUUCGACCCGAUGGGCGGCCCGCACUGCCAAACGGCUGAAGUGUACGGUGGCAGUGGGAUAUCCGGAGGCGGCCGAGGAAGGCAACUACAACACCAUCUAUGACCGGCGCAUCACCGCUGAAGAAACAGGCAAGAUCGCCUACAACUCGCUAGUUUUUGUCAGCUCUACAGGGGACGUUGUUGCCCACUACCGCAAAUCCUUCCUCUACUACACGGACGAGACAUGGGCUCAAGCGGGCCAGGGCUUUUGGGCGGGUGUUUUGCCCGUCGGCGGUAAGGGUCAGCAGGUCAAGGCGGCGGCUGGAAUCUGCAUGGACAUUAAUCCGUAUCGAUUCGAAGCUCCAUGGACGGCGUAUGAAUUUGGCAAUCACGCGCGCGAGGCUCGUGCGAAGGUGGUUGUCAUUAGCAUGGCUUGGAUAACAAGGCUGAAUGACGAGGAGUUGUCGAGUCAGGUGAUGGUUCCAGACCAGGACACCAUCAACUACUGGAUCGACAGGCUCACUCCCCUAUUUGGGCCACAAGGUGCACAGUCCGAAGCCUUUGUUGUCUGCGCGAACAGGGCUGGCGAAGAAGGCACCAGUCCGCGCAUUGGAGAAGUCCGAUAUGCGGGCAGCAGCUGUGUGAUGGGCAUGUCCAAGGAUGGGCAAGUCAGGAUCUGGGACAUUCUCGGCCGUGCUCAGGAAGGCAUACUUAUGGUGGACACGGACAGCGCCCCAGCCUUCUCUGUCUCUCUCAAACAAGUCACCGAACCACCAGAAGACGGUGUCGGUGAUGAGACCGCAGUACAAAAGGGCUGA